UCCAAUAACUCACUUUAAAGAGCGGCUCGUACUCUCAGUGGCUGUUAGUGCGUGUUCCUCUGUAAUUAGUCGUGUUCAAGUUGUCUUUGCAAUGGCCCUGUACUUUUAAGAGGAAGGAUUUUCGUGUGGGAACCGCUCUCUCUGAGGAAGUUUCGCUGGAGAGCGCACUGGACUGUAUCUGCUCGGAGUCGGACUGGAUGCUUCCCAGUAACGAUACCGACCGUCAGCUAGACUUCAAGCUCAGGCGCUGGUGAUUGAUUUGAGUCCGCAGGAGAGCAGCGAUGAUAAGCACUAAUUCACAUUCAAGUUAAAGCCAUUGUAUUUCUGAGCAUUUUGGAUUAACACAGUUUCUAAAGUGAAUAUGGGUCCUGUUUGGAUCCUUCUAACCGUUUUAAUUGGAUACAGCACUAGCUUGCCCGGAGCACAAGGUGCAUGUGUCCAUCAAGGCUCAUUGUUUGCGAACAAUACAUCAUGGAAACCAGACACCUGUCAAGACUGCAUCUGCUACAAUGAUAUUGUCAUCUGCAAACCCACUCGCUGCCGAAAUCCCCAGUGUGACUUUCAGAGGGGUCAACGCUUGAGAAUCCCACCCAACAAGUGCUGUCCAGAAUGUUUUGCACAGUUGCCCGGGGUCUGUCAGCAUGAAGGAAUGGUUUAUGGGCAUGACAGUCAGUGGAGUAAUUCCAAAUGUUCGGUGUGCACAUGCUCUCAUGGGAAGGUGACCUGUGGGCCACGUGCUUGUCCUUCUCUUAGUUGUGGGAAAGACCAGAGUCCUUUCAUCCCAGACGGAGACUGCUGCCCUGUAUGUGCUCACAAUGGAGCCUCCUGCUCUUGGGAAGGCCGUCAGUACAGAGAUGGGGUGGAAUGGACAACCAGCCCCUGUGCAAAGUGUCGAUGCAGAAACGGUCACACUGAAUGCCUGGUUGCAGAGUGUCAGCCUGUUACAUGCAAAGCGAAUGAGAACCUGGUUGUCCAGCCAGGACAGUGCUGUCCUCAAUGUGAGCCGAAUCCCUGCAUGGAGGCUGGGAAUGAGUACAAGCAUGGCGAGCAGUGGCAGAGGGGCAGCUGUACCACCUGUGUGUGCGAUCGCGCUCAUUCUCGCUGUCAGAUGGAGAAGUGCCCUCCUCUCCACUGUGAUAAGGGUCAGAUGAAGAUCAAGCGACCUGGGCAGUGCUGCGAAGAUUGUGUCUCGUCUAAAGGCAGCUGCCUCUAUGAGGACAUCGUCCGUUACCAUGGCGAUAUGUGGAACGGCACAGGUUGUGAGUUCUGUAUGUGUGAACGGGGUCAGGUGCUGUGCCAAAGGGUCGAGUGCGCCAGAAUGGAGUGCCCACAGGGAGAAAAACUGGUCCAUUUGCCUGGGAAAUGCUGCCCAGAGUGUAGGACAACAACCAGUUCCUGUACAUAUUCACAGCCACAUCAAAAGGGGCAGAAAGCCAACAUCAAGAGUUUUAGACGCCUCACUAAUCUAGAGAGCAUCAGAGAGGGGCUGUGUCGCGAGUGCCAGUGUCAGGAGGGUCAUGUGACCUGUUACCAGCACUCCUGUCCCACCUGUCCAUUGGGCACUCUGACUAUACCUCACCCUGAACAGUGCUGUCCGGAUUGCAAUCCAGCAGUGCAGUGUCACGAGGACUGUUUGACAUGCUCUGGCACACCAGAUCACUGUGACAGCUGUCAGGAUCCUUCUGCCCUGUUGAUGAAUGGACGCUGUCUGCAGUCAUGUCCUGAAGGCUUUUUCGCUCAGGGCAAAGUUUGUGCAGCCUGCCAGCCGUCAUGUGCCACCUGUGAGAAUGACUUUGAAUGCACAGCAUGUGGUGGGUCCUUUCUCCUCAGUGGCAGGCAAUGUGUGACCACCUGUGAGAGAGGUCUGUUCCAGGACCACACACGCUGUCUCAGUUGCCAUGACUCCUGUUCAUCUUGCCAGGGGGCGGGGCCUCAGGAUUGUUUGACAUGCUCAGACCCCUCCCACUUACUGAAGGAUGGAUUCUGUGUUUUGGAUUGUGGUCCAGGCUUUUAUGCUAAUCAAGGCAGCUGUUAUGCCUGCCACAGUUCGUGUGCAUCCUGCUCAGGGCCAGCUGUGUCUCACUGCACCUCCUGCUCAAAGUCUCUCAUCCUGAACCAAGGCCAGUGUGUGGAGUCCUGCGGAGAGGGCCUGUUCUCCAGAGGGGGACACUGUCACACCUGCCACAGUUCGUGUGCAUCCUGCUCAGGGCCAGCUGUGUCUCACUGCACCUCCUGCUCAAAGUCUCUCAUCCUGAACCAAGGCCAGUGUGUGGAGUCCUGCGGAGAGGGCCUGUUCUCCAGAGGGGGACACUGUCACAGGUGUCAUGCAUCAUGUAGGGUCUGUGUGGGUCCGGAUUCCUCAGACUGCAUGCAGUGUGUCAAACAGGAAGAGGUUAUGCAGCCUCAGAAUGGGCAUGUCUCUCACGGGUCCUGUAUGUCUGCCUGCAGGCCACAGCAUUACCUUGAUGCAGAUCAGACCUGCAGAGAAUGUCACAUCUCAUGUUCAGGCUGCUCUGGUGGAAGUUUCCAGAAUUGUACUUCCUGUAUACGUCCCAGUGUCCUUCAUCAAGGGCAGUGUCUCGAUAAAUGUCCCCAUGGUUUCCAUGUUCAGGACCGUACUUGCCAAGCCUGUCAUUCAUCAUGUAAGGAGUGUACGGGCCCGUCUCAGGCUGACUGUUCUGCUUGUCCGGCCCACGCCAGUCUACAUAACGGCUACUGCCGAACCAGCUGCCCUGAGGGCCAGUACCUGAAUGCUGUAGGCUACUGCAUUGAGUGUGAGGAGGGAUGCCAGCGGUGUGUGGCAGACCUGCAUUCUGGCUUUGGCACUGUGUGUUUGUGGUGUAAGUUUCCCAGGAUGCUGCUGCUGGGAGAUCACUGUGUACCACAGUGCCCACCCAAAUACUACCGGUGGCACAGAGCUUGCAAAAAAUGUCACUCUUCCUGUGAGGAGUGCAGUGGGGAUGGUCCUCACUCCUGUACUUCCUGUUUGGCCCCUGAGGUUCUGGCCCCAUCAGGUCUCUGCAGCCCUCGCUGUCCAAAUGGAUAUUACGCUGAUGAAAACAGGGUGUGCCAAAUGUGUGACGCUCAGUGUCUGAGCUGUGAGAUGGCGGGUGUGUGUACGUCGUGUAGAGAUCCAGCUAAAGUGCUUCUGUUUGGGGAGUGUCAGUAUGAGAGCUGUGCUCAUCAGUACUACCUGAACACCACCACACGCACAUGCAGAGAGUGCGACUGGAGCUGUAACGCGUGCCGUGGACCCCUGCGUAGUGACUGUCUGCAGUGCAUGGAGGGAUACGUCCUGCAGGAUGGCAUUUGUGUGCCGGGUUGCUCACCGGGAUUCUACCAGGAUGCUGAGAGAUGUCUGAGCUGUGAUGAGCAUUGCGAGCAGUGCCAGGUCCAUGGCCGAUGCCAACUCUGCCAGCUGCCAUAUGCCAUGUUGAAUGGGCAGUGUGUGCUGGAAUGCGGCAAGCGCUACUUUCUAGAUGCCUCGACCCGUCAGUGCACCGCAUGCUCAGCUGGUUGCUUGGAGUGUGUGAGUGCAGGUGAGUGCCGUGUCUGUGCUGAGAACUCCUUUCUGAAGGGUGGCCAGUGCAUCAUGGACUGUGGUCACGGAUACUAUGCUGACCGAAAAACAAGAGCCUGUCGUGCAAACAGCCGUGCUCCAUCUCUUUACAUCAAUGGCUCUCUGCUGGUUCCUAUUGGUGGAGUUAAGCCUCUGGAUCCGGCACUCCUGUCAAUCAAGGAUGCAGAUAGCCAGUCAGAAAGCAUGUUGCUCCAGCUCCUUCAGCCACCCAGUAACGGCCAUCUCGUGGUCCUGGAAAAUGACAGAGAGAGAGCACUGGGCAGAGACGACACUUUCACCUUGACUCAGCUCAAACGUAGAGCUGUGCGCUUCAUUCACGACAAAGAGCAGCCCAAAAGUGGGCAGUUCAUGUUAAGGGCAGCAGAUCCUCAGCUGUUCUCUCAGCCUCAGAGUGUUCCAGUGCAGGCGCUCUCCCAGCAGCCACCCACUGUGAUCACCAACCAAAUUCUGUACAUUAACUCUGGUGAGACAGCCGUCAUCAGCAGAUCUAUUCUUCACAUCAGUGACCUCGAUAAUCCACAAGACGUUUUCAUCACGGUUCUGGAUCCACCUCAACAUGGCCACCUGACACACAUGCAUGGUGAUGUGCAGGUGACCCAUUUUAAACUGGAAGACCUGGAUCGUGAGCAGCUGCAGUAUGUACAUGAUGGUUCAGAAGGAGACCAGGACAGACUUCUGCUGCAGGUCAAUGAUGGGCACAGCUACCAGAACAUCCUGUUUCACAUCAGCAUUGCCCAAAAGGCUGGAUUGACUCCUCACCUGCGUUCAGUGCCCAGGACCUGGGUGAGGGAGGGAGGAAUGGUGCGGCUGUCUAAGAAGUGCCUCAGUGCUCAUUUCCAAGGAACCAGUGACGCUGAAAUCCUGUACACCAUUCAUUCUGAGAGCGGACAGCCCACAUACGGAGAGAUUGUGCUGGUGUCUAUGCCCGCUGACGGUCCUGUGGAGGCAUGGCAGUCCUUCCCAGAUGCUCAGGACACCACACCAACCAGCUCAUUUACACAGCAAGAUGUUAAUGAAGGGACUGUCUGGUACAGACACUAUGGAUCCGGAUCACAGAGAGACACUUUUCAGUUUCAGGUUUCAAGUGAGGCCUAUCCAGAGACUCUGAGUGAUACGCAGACCUUCACUAUAGGAGUGAUGCCUCAGACCCCUGGCCUGCCUCAUCUCUCACCUGGAGCCGACCUGCAGAUCACUGCACUGGAAGAUCGCGUGACUGUGAUAUCUCCUUCUGCUCUCUCCUUCACUGACUCCGAGACGCCCAGCGACAAGCUUGUCUACAACAUCACCAAAGCGCUUACCUCAGGCCACGGUACGCUGGAGCACAGGGACAGACUUUACCAUCAUGUGCGUCUCUUCACACAGGCUGAUGUAGACAGUGACAAAAUUAUCUACAGACCCCCACAAGCCCCGUCCCAUCUUCAGGAGCUUUAUCAGUACUCAUUUACAGGUCUACCAGAGUCAGUGAGCCUCCAUUUCACAGUUUCUGAUGGAGAGCACACCACUCCAGAGAUGGACUUUGCUAUUAUGCUGUUGGCCAAUCAUCAGCAGCCCCCGGUCUUUCAGAUUCUAGAUCCGGUGCUGGAGGUCAGUCUCGGCGGCAGGGCACCAGUGGGUGGGCAACAGUUAGCAGUGACGGAUGCUGAUACGGCCCCUGAAGAACUAGAGUUUGAAUUGGUGGAGGGGCCGCUACACGGGACCCUCCUGAGAGUGGACCUUGGUUCACAGGUCCAGAUGGUCAAUGGGGACACCUUCACCUCCAGUGACGUCACCAGGAAUGUUCUGCAGUAUGAGCAUGCGGGUCUCACCACUGAGGAGGACUCCAUGACUUUCUCUGUGACGGACGGGAUCUCCAUGACCUCCAUCACGCUGCAGGUCUUGGUGUCAGAGGUCAAAGGUGACGCACCCAAACGUGACCCUAAGGCCCUGCUGUCAAUGGAGGUGGCGGAGAAGAGCAGCACAAUCAUUAGACGUUCCCAGUUAGCUUAUGUGGAUGACGAAUCUCCCGAUGAGAAAGUUUUUGUGCAGUUAGUUUCUGUACCAAUGUAUGGGAUCCUUACCAAAACCAAGGCUGAAACAGACCAUGAAGAACUUAGUGAAUAUUCCUCCUUUACAAUGGAGGACAUCAACAACCACAAAAUCAGGUAUGUUACAUCCUUUGAAACGGGUAACCAGCCUGUCACUGACAUUUUCCACUUCGUUGUUUAUGAUGGAGAGAACAAUCGUCUGGAGAACCAGAUGUUCACUAUCACCAUCACGUCUACCCAGAGGCAGCCACCUGUUGUCACCGUGCGAAGCGGCAUUAAGGUUCAAGAAGGAGGGAGGGUCCAGCUCUCAGCCAAUCACAUUAUUGCAUCUGACCCAGACACACCCAGAAAGGAUCUGCUGGUGUGGCUUAUCAGCCCACCAAAGUAUGGCUUCAUUGAGAACACAAAACAAGCAGCGAUUGGUGGAUCUCGCGUGAUCAGCCCCGACGUCCCCUUCACUAUAGAAGACCUCACCUCAGACCAUAUCUUCUAUGUUCAAAACAUCCGCCAAGCUAACAUCCGCCAGGAUGUCUUCAGCUUUUACAUCAGUGAUGGAUCAAGCCAAACUGAGGCUUUUGAUAUCACCAUAGACAUCCAGCACACCAAGGAAGACAGAGUCCCAAUUAUCUCAGUAAACAGCAUCCAAGUGGAGGAGAACUCCGGUGUGGUCAUCACUAACUCCUCCCUGAAUGUGCUGGACCAGGACACACCUGAAAAUGAGCUUCUCCUCACCCUCAUCAAGAAGCCGUCAUAUGGGAAGCUACGCAGGAGGCAGUUCUACUCUCAACCUUUAGAGAACGGCAGGAUUCUUCAGCAAGGAUCCACCUUUACUUACCAGGAUGUUCUAGAUGAGCUGCUGGUCUACACCCCAGACGGACGUGGCUCUGGGACAGACGAGAUCCAGUUUUCAGUAACAGAUGGCAUAUACACGGAGACCGGCCGUCUGGAGUUCAGCAUGGAUGUUAGGAAGCGAGAAGGCCCUAGAGUUACAAUCAACAGAGGACUGCAGAUUGCAGCAGGUUCCUCAUCUAAGAUCACAGAGCAGCAUCUGAAAGGGACGGACGUAGAUUCAGAUAACCUUAAGCUGCGGUUCACCCUCACUAAAGACCUGAGCGUGGGCUCCCUGCUGCUGAAUACAGGCAGAAACAAGGCUCAGAUAUCCGUCAAAGGACCUGUCACCAGCUUCACCCAGGAUGAUAUCAACAAAGGACAUGUGGAAUACAUUCAUGAAAAGGGAGAAAGUGGAGGCAGCUUCUCUUUCAAGUUCAACCUGGAAGAUCCCGAGGGAAACGGAGUCAUUGACCAAUCUUUCUUCAUUAGUGUUCUGGAGGACAGACUUCCUCCCACGGUGGUGGUUAAUAAGGGUUUGGUUAUGGAUGAGAACACCUUGAAGAAGAUCACAACACUGCAGCUGUCCUCUACAGAUCAGGACAGUGAACCAGAGGAACUCAUUUACAGAGUCACCAAACAGCCCCAGCUCGGCCAUCUAGAACAUUCCAGCAAACCAGGAACACGGAUCAGCACGUUUACCCAGGCUGACCUGGCCUUCCGCAACAUUCAGUAUGUUCAUACCAGUGAAGAGGAGAUACAUUCUGAUGACUUCACCUUCACUGUAUCUGACGGGGGCAAUGAGAUUUCACAGACAUUCUAUAUCAGCAUCUGGCCGGUGGACGAUUCUCUGCCCGUCCUGCAGGUGCCAGGGAUGAGGGUGCAGGAAGGAGUGAGGAAGACCAUUACUGAGUUUGAGCUGAAGGCUACCGAUGCUGACACAGAGGAGGACUCUGUUACGUUCACUGUUGUUCAGGCUCCUCGUCAUGGGACCAUUGAGCGCACAAGUAAUGGUCAGCAUUACCGUCAGACCAACACCUUCACUAUGGACGACAUCUAUCAGAACCGCAUCAGUUACAACCAUGACGGCAGUAACUCCCUCAAAGACCGAUUCACCUUCACUGUCGGUGAUGGCACCAACAUGUUCUUCAUCAUUGAAGAGGGUGGAAAAGAGGUUAUCACCGCUGCUCCACAAAAGUUUAAAAUCGAUAUUUUACCUGUUGAUGACGGGACCCCUCGUAUUGUCACCAACCUGGGCCUGCAGUGGCUGGAGUACAUGGAAAAUAAGGCCACCAAUCUGAUCACCAAGAAAGAGCUUCUCACUGUUGAUCCGGACACAGAUGAUGGGCAGCUGACUUAUGAAGUCACUACAGAAGCUAAACACGGCUACCUCGAGAGUAAACUCAAUCCUGGCAAACCUAUCACCUCUUUCACGCAAGCUGACAUAAACCUGGGCCUUAUCCGAUACGUUCUGAGUGAGGACAAUGUUCAAGAGACCAUGGACAACUUCAGGUUCUUUGUGAAGGACAGCAAACCCAACAUUGUCAGUGACAAUGUGUUUCACAUCCAGUGGUCUCUUAUCAGCUUUGAGCAAAAGAGCUACAAUGUGAGUGAAAAAGACGGAACCGUGGCGGUCACAGUGAAGAGGACCGGGAAUCUGAACCAGUAUGCUAUUGUGCUGUGUCGAACCGAGCAAGGCACUGCCACCUCCACUUCCAGCAUGGGCUCUCGGGCCGGACAACAGGACUAUGUUGAGUAUGCCGGACAAGUUCAGUUUGAUGAGAGAGAAGACACCAAGGUGUGCACCAUUGUGAUCAAUGAUGACCAGGUCUUUGAGAACACUGAGAGCUUUAAUGUGGAGCUGAGUAUGCCAGUGUACGCCCUGCUGGGGUCAGUGACCCGUGCUAAAGUCAAUAUCAAUGACACGGAGGAUGAACCCACCCUGCAGUUUGAUAAGAAGACCUACCAUGCCAAUGAGAGCACAGGCUUUAUCUUUGCUCCUGUUGAAAGAAAUGGUGACACCAGCAGCACAGUCUCAGCCCUCUGCUACACUGUGCCUAAGUCAGCCCGGGGCAGCAGCCUGCACGCUCUCGAGUCCGGCUCUGACUAUAAGACCCGUGGCAUGAGCAGUGACAACAGAGUCAUCUUUGGCCCAGGUGUGAGCAUGUCUACCUGUGAUGUAAAGCUGAUUGAUGACAGCGAGUAUGAACACUCUGAGGAGUUUGAGCUGGUGCUGUCGGACGCCUCGGACAAUGCACGGAUGGGUGAUGUCACUGUGGCUAAAGUCAUUAUAGAUGGGCCAAAUGAUGCCUCCACUGUCUUCCUGGGCAACGCGUCCUUCACCUUCAGUGAAGAUGCAGGCACCAUUGAAAUCCCUGUUCUGCGGCAGGGCAGUGACCUUUCCUCAGUAACCUCUGUGUGGUGUGCCACACGUCCUGCUGAACAAGAUUCGGCCACGCCCAGUGUUGACUACAUCCCGAGUUCCAAAAAGGUGGAGUUUAGACCAGGCAAGACCGAGGAGACAUGUAGUUUGACCAUAAUGGAUGACAUUCAGAACCCGACAAUCGAAGGGAAAGAAUCCUUCAUUGUGUUUCUUAGUUCUCCCAACGGAGCGGUCCUGACUGAACCAUAUGAAGCCUCUGUCUACAUCACUGACACCACCCAAGACAUACCUAGCAUGCAGUUUGAAAAGCUGGCGUAUACGGUGAAGGAAAAAGAUGGUGUCCUGCACAUCCCAAUUUUUAGGACAGGAGAUCUGUCCUAUAAGUCUUCUGUCCGUUGCUUCACACGCACAAUGUCUGCUAUGGUGAUGGAUGACUUCGAGGAGAGGAGAAAUGCUGAUGAUUCCAGGAUCACCUUCCGGAAAGGGGAAAAGGUGAAGAAUUGUACCAUAUUGAUCCAGGAUGACUCUGUGUUUGAGCCUGAAGAGGAGUUCCAGGUCCACCUUGGAAGCCCACAGGGUGAGCACUGGAUUGGAGCCAUGAUUGGAAUCAACGACAUUGUGACUGUGACCAUCACAAAUGAUGAAGAUGCACCUACGAUCGAGUUUGAGCAAGCCUCAUACCAAGUUCGUGAGCCCCCCGGUCCAGAUGGAAUUGAGGUUUUGAAUAUCAAGGUAAUCCGUAAAGGAGACCUUGAACGCACAUCCAAGAUCCGAUGCAGCACAAGGGAUGGAUCAGCCCAGUCAGGUGUAGACUAUAACCCCAAGAGUCGAGUCCUUAAGUUCAGCCCUGGUGUGGACCACAUCCUGUUUAAGGUAGAGAUCCUGUCCAAUGAAGAUAGAGAGUGGCAUGAAUCUUUCUCAUUGGUCCUUGGUCCAGAUGAUCCUGUUGAAGCCGUGCUUGGACAGAUCACCAUGGCAACAGUCACCAUCCUAGAUCAGGAAGCUGCAGGAAGUCUCAUCCUUCCAGCCCCACCCAUUGUGGUGUCUCUGUCAGACUAUGACUAUGUCCAGGAGGUCACUAAAGAGGGCAGUAAGAAAUCUCCAUCUCCUGGAUAUCCUCUGGUCUGUGUGACUCCCUGUGACCCCCAUUACCCCAAAUACUCAGAAUUGAGAGAACGCUGUGAGGAGGCAGGCAUCAACCAGACCUCAGUCCACUUCAGCUGGGAGGUCGCAACUCCCACAGACACCAGCGGAGCACGAUCACCCUUUGAGACAGUGACGGAUAACACACCUUACACCACAGUCAAUCACAUGGUUCUGGACAGUAUCUAUUUCAGCAGACGUUUCCAUGUGCGUUGCGUAGCUCAGGCCAGAGAUAAAGCCGGGCACCUGGGAACUCCACUGAGGAGCAACAUUGUCACUAUUGGCACUGAGGGAUCAAUAUGCCACACCCCCGUCACCACAGGAACCGCUCGAGGCUUUCAGGCCCAGUCCUUUAUUGCCACUCUAAAAUAUUUGGAUGUCAAACACAAAGAGCAUCCAAACAGGAUCCAUAUCUCAGUGCAGAUCCCUCAUCAGGAUGGAAUGCUUCCAUUGGUGUCCACCAUGCCUCUGCAUAACCUACACUUCCUGCUCUCCGAGUCUAUUUACCGUCAGCAGCACAUCUGCUCCAACCUGGUCACACUUAAAGACCUGCAUGGCAUCUCUGAAACCGGCUUCUUGGAUGAUGUGUCGUAUGACAGCAUAUCCCUGGGUCCCGGAUAUGACCGUCCAUACCAAUUCAACCCUAGUGUUCGAGAACCCAGAAGCAUCCAGCUAUACAAGCAUCUCAAUCUGAAGAGCUGCAUAUGGACAUUUGAUGCAUAUUAUGACAUGACAGAGCUUAUUGAUGUAUGUGGAGGAUCAGUAACUGCUGACUUUCAGGUCAGAGACUCGGCUCAGUCGUUCCUGACGGUGCAGGUGCCGCUCUACGUGUCCUAUAUCUAUGUGACGGCUCCUCGUGGAUGGGCCUCCCUAGAGCACCACACAGAGAUGGAGUUCUCCUUCUUCUAUGACACGGUCUUGUGGAGAACAGGCAUCCAGACAGACAGUGUGAUGUCAGCUAGAUUACAGAUCAUUCGGAUCUUCAUUAGGGAUGACGGACGACUGGUGAUUGAGUUCAAAACCCACGCCAAGUUUAGAGGUCAAUUUGUCCCUGAUCAUCACACCCUCCCUGGACAGAAAUCUCACCUGAUGGCUCCAGAUCACUUGGGAGGCAUUGAAUUUGACCUGCAGCUGAUGUGGAGCGCACAGUCCUUUGAUUCACCCUACCAGCUCUGGAGAGCCACAAGCUCCUAUAGCAGGAAAGACUACUCUGGGGAGUACACAGUCUUCCUCAUCCCCUGCACGGUACAGCCAACCCAGGCAUGGGUCGACUCUGGGGAUAAGCCUCUUUCCUGCACGGCCCAUGCUCCAGAGAAAUUUCUGCUGCCCAUCGCCUUCCAGCAGACGAACCGCCCUGUUCCUGUAGUCUACUCCCUGAAUACUGAGUUCCAGCUUUGUAAUAAUGAAAAAGUCUUUCUAAUGGAUCCUGCUCUCGCAGACAUGUCUGUUGCUGAGAUGGACUAUAAAGGAGCCUUUUCGAUGGGUCAAACGCUGUAUGGCAGAGUGUUGUGGAAUCCCGACCAGAACUUGAAUUCGGCCUACAAGCUGCAGCUGGAGAAAGUAUAUUUGUGUACAGGGCGGGAUGGCUAUGUACCCUUCUUCGACCCCACAGGCACCCUGUAUAACGAAGGCCCUCAGUAUGGCUGCAUUCAACCGAACAAGCACCUCAAACACAGGUUCCUGCUUCUGGACCGGAAGCAGCCUGAUGUCUGUGACCGCUACUUCCAUGAUGUUCCAUUUGAAGCCAACUUUGCAUCUGACAUUCCUGAUCUCCAGUCCUUGUCUGCGAUGCCAGGUGUAGACGGUUUCACAAUGAAGGUGGAUGCCCUUUAUAAGGUUGAGGCAGGGCACCAAUGGUACAUCCAGGUCAUCUACGUUAUUGGACCGGAGUCCAUAUCUGCUCCCAGAAUCCAGCGCUCAGUGACCUAUGAGCUCAAGCGAAGUCGCCGAGAUCUGGUGGACCGUUCAGGUCAUCUAAUGCUGGAUGAAUCACUGAUCUACGACAAUGAAGGUGACCAGGUAAAGAAUGGCACCAACAUGAAGACCUUGAAGCUUGAGGUGGAACCAUCGGGCACCUUCAAUCCCCAGAUGGGAGGAUCCAUUGGGGGUGGCAUGGCAGCCAUCGUCCUACUUCUCCUGGUCCUUCUAGCCUUCUGCUUCAUGGUCAGAAAGUGCCGCAGGGUUGUAAAAAAGAGGCCUACGAAGGCAGUGGAGGAUUAUCCUCUGAACACAAAGGUGGAGCUCUGUAUAGAACGUCUGGAGAAAAACCUCAACAGCAAGCACUGCUCUGUAAGAAAUGUCAAUGUCCUCAACAAGAACCCAGAGACCUACAAGAUCAAUGGGGUCAAGGUCAAACAGGUCAAUCUGGAGGUCAAACUACACAACAACCUGAAUGACGGCACUGAAGUCUGACCUUCUAGAGUAUUUAAUGAGAAAAAGAAACAUUUUCUAUGAAUAUUUGUAAUGACGUUAAUGUAUUUUUGUAUGACCAUGAGGAUAAAAGGGAAAGUAUGCUUGCCAGCUAUGCAGUGUAAAUCAUUUCACAACUGAGCUACCUCAAACAUUAAUGAGCAACACAUAAUGGGGUCAUCAGAUCUUAUGUUUCAAAUCUCAGUUUUAAAUCAUAGCUCUGUCUAAGAAUCAUAUAAUGGCUCAGUGGUAGCUCAGCCACUUUGUUUAAAUGGAUGGAGAGUUUGUAUCGCUGCACCUGCUGUUUUGUCAUGUCAGUAAAAACACAUGAAAGUAUUAAAGGAAGGAUGAGUGCCAACACUUUGGACAGGGUGAGUGAUGUAAAUACGUUUAUUAAGUGCAAUUAUUGGAUGACAUGGUCAUCCCAGUAUUUUAAUUUGGCUUUUGAUGCUCUGCCUCAUUGUGUAAUUUACUUUUGGCCUGACCACCGGUGUGCCAUGCUGAUACAGGUGCAUCUCAAUAAAUUAG